CAUUUAAGGAACCAGUGUCUCCUGGUGGCCCCACUAUUGGGGCAAAGGAAGAAGGAGACUGGCCAGUUUACAGCACAGGCACUAACUGCGCCUCCAAAGCCGUGGACACAGCAUUUGAGGAUUAGGAGGGACUGGUCACGCAAAGGUGAGUGCCCACGCCUGCUGUCACCAUGACGACCAUUCAUAAGGAGAUGGUACAGGAGCAUGUGUCCAUGGAAUUCUCCAGCUCCACUACCCAUGUGCAGACCUUCUCUCAGACAACCAAGAUCACGGGAGAGGAAGUCAUGACAACGAAGUCCUCAAGCACUGUAGAGUUCUUCAGUUUGGUGACUCGAAGUUCCAACGUCCCUGCGGGCGAGAGCGUCCCUGAGUUCGUGGAGAAGCCUCACCCAGUCACUUCACCUGAGGGGGAUAAAGCUGUGUUCCGAGCCCAGGUGAAGGGGAACCCCAAACCCAACAUCUCCUGGAAGAGGGAAAGUGGCAUCCCCAUCAAAGAGUCUGCCAAGAUGUUCUACGACAGCAUUAACAAGGAGCACGUGCUAAAGCUGGAGCCACUGACGUUGGAUGACUCUGACAACUACAAGUGCAUUGCAAGCAAUGACCACGCAGAUGCCAUCUACACCGUGUCCUUGCUGGUGACAGAGGGUCAAGACAAACUGGAUUUCAAAAAGAUGUUGAAGAAGAGGGGUGCCCCUCCUCCCAAGAAGAAGCAGAAGAAGGUGACAGAUGAGAAAGAGAUGCUGGAGAUUUUGUCCAAGGUGCCCAAGAAGGACUUUGAAAAGGUCUGCAUAGAGUAUGGUUUCACUGACUUCCGGGGGCUGCUCAAGAAGCUCAAAGGGAUGAAGAAAGUAGAGGUGGAGACCAUUCGGAUUCUGAAGCCCCUGGAAGAUAUAAAGACCAAGGUUGACGCCACCGUGUGCUUUGAAUGCAUUAUGGAGCUGAAGGACCCCAAUAUCAAGAUGACAUGGGUCAAGGGUAAUGAACCACUGAGGAUCCAGUACUCCCUGGGGAAGUAUGAUGUGAAGCAGAUGGGCACCAAGUACAUGCUGGUCAUCACCAAUGUGAACAUGAAUGAUGCAGGCACCUACAGCCUGUCCGUGGGUGACAAACGGAUGAAUGCUGAACUCAUAGUGCUGGAUGAGCCACUGAAGUUCUUGGGAGAGAUGAAGCCGGUGAAGGUGACAGAGCGCCAGACAGCUGUGUUUGAGAUCCGCCUCUCCAAGAAAGUGCCCGACUUUGUGUGGAAGUUCAAUGGAAAGGAGCUGAAGAGGGAUGAAAAGUAUGAAAUCACAGUGUCCGAGGAUGGUCUGACCCACACACUUAAGAUUAAGGAUGCCAGACUCAGUGACAGCGGCGAGUUCUCUGCCGAAGUGGGAGACCUGGUACAGAAGGCCCAGCUCACUAUUGACCGCAUCCCCAUCAAGUUUGUGAGCACCCUCAAGAACGUACGUGUGAAAGAGAGGAGCCGAGCAUGCCUUGAGUGUGAGCUGACAUCCAAAGAUGUGACACUGCGCUGGAAGAAGAACGGGCAGCUGCUGGAGCGUAGCACCAAGUACAGCAUGAGCCAUGAGGGCAAGAGAGCAGAGCUGAUCAUUGAGGAUGCACAGCUCAGUGAUGGUGGCGAGUACACCGUGGUGGCCAUGCAGGAUGGAGACCCCACUGAAUACUUCAGUACUGCCAUGGUCACCGUAGAAGAGCGUCUGGCCACGGUGAAGAGCGGGAUGUCCGACGUGCACGCGGCCACCGGGAGCCCGGCUGAGCUGUGCGUAGUACUGAACGACGAGAAGGUGGAGGGCGUGUGGCUGAAGGAUGGCAAGGAGAUCACGGACUUGCCCGGCGUGCAGAUCGUGAAGCAGGGUGCGGUGCACAAGCUCAUCUUUCCCAAUAUGGGCCCCGAGCACGAGGGCAAGUACACAUUCAGGGCAAAGGGCGCAGAGAGCGAAGCCUCCGUGUUCAUUGCAGAUCCUCCUACCAUCGACCCGUCGGUACUUGAAGCGCUGGCCGCGCACCCCGUGACAGUGAAGGUGGGCCACACGGCAAACAUCAAGGUGCCCUUCCGGGCAAAGCCGCUGCCCAAAGUGACGUGGUACAAAGACGGCGUGGAGGUGACGGAGGAGGAACGUGUGUCUAUGGAGCGCAGAGAAGAUCAGGCGCUGCUCUCCAUUUCCAACUGCGUGCGCGAGGACAGUGGCCUUGUCCUGCUCAAACUCAAGAAUGACCACGGCUCAGCCACGGCCACUGUGCACCUCAACGUGCUGGACCGUCCCAAGCCUCCCCAGGGCCGAGUGGAGUUCCUGGAGCUCUCCGGUAAUUGUGUGCACAUGAAAUGGAAGGCCCCAAAAGACAACGGUGGGCGGCCUGUGACUCAGUUCAUAGUGGAACGGAGGGCAGUCGGCAAGAAGUCUUGGGUUAAAGUAGGCGAAGUGGACAGCAAAGUCACCAAGUUCUCCACCAACAAAGUGGAGGAGGGAAAAGCCUACCAGUUUCGUAUCCUGGCGGUCAAUUCAGAAGGAGUGAGCGACCCGCUGGAGACAGAUGAAGUGUUUGCAGGAAAUCCUAUUGAGCCCCCUGGUCUUGCCUCCCAGCCUCAAGUGACUGAUGUGACCAAAGAGGCUGUGACCAUCACAUGGAAUGCCCCCACCCAGGAUGGGGGAGCCCCAGUGCUUGGCUACAUUGUGGAGAGGAGGAAGAAAGGCAGUAACCUGUGGGUGCCCUUCAACAAGGACCCCAUCCAGGGCACCAAGUGCACAGUGGAUGGUCUGCUGGAGGAUACAGAAUAUGAAUUCCGAGUUAUAGCUGUGAAUAAGGCAGGCCCUGGACAUCCCAGUAUGCCAUCCAACUCAGUGGUGGCCAAAGACCCUGUCAAACCCCCAGGCCUGGUGCAGGGCUUGCACGUGUCUGAUUCCUCCAACUCCAGCAUCUCCCUGGCCUGGCGGGAGCCUGCAGAGGGAGACCCACCCUCUGGCUACAUCCUUGAGAUGCGGGCUGAAGACACCAAGGAGUGGUCCAAGUGCACAAAGAUCCCCAUCUCAGGCACCUGCUACACGGUGGGAGGCCUCACUGAGAGGCAGAAAUACUUCUUCCGAAUCCGGGCUGUGAACGAGGCUGGGGUUGGGGAGCCUGUGGAGCUGGAUGAUGGGGUCCGUGCCAUGCCACCACCAGCUGCCCCCAAGUUUGACCUCAGUGCCCGGCUGAAGAGUCACAUGGUGGUUCGUGCUGGGACAGCCCUCUGCAUCCAUGCCGCCUUCUACGGCUCACCACCACCCAGCGUGAUCUGGCAGAAAGAUGGCAUUCCCACCAAGGGCAGGGAAGCCAUCACCAAAGGCAAAAACCACUCCCAGUUCCUCAUCAAUAGCACCAAGCGCUCCGACUCCGGGGUGUACCGCAUCUUGCUGCAGAAUGAGUUUGGAGAGGCGCACUAUGACAUCCAUGUGCGAGUGGCAGAUAUACCGCGGCCACCCACAAACCUACAGCUGUUUGAGGAGGUCCCCAACACGGUAACUCUGACCUGGAACCACAGCCCUGACGUGCAGGAGGAUGGCGAGGCCCACUACGUCAUCUUGAAACGGGAUGCCAGCACCGCCACCUGGUUCACAGCAGCAGAACGCGUCUUCAGCAACAAGUACACGGUUACCGGCUUGCUCCCUGGCAGGAAGUACUACUUCCGAGUGCUGGCCCGGAACGAAAUUGGUGACAGCGAUCCACUCGACUCCAAGGAUACUUGGCUCGUCAACAAGGACAAGAUUGAGGACCUGAGCUCCAAGCUGAAGCCAUACAAGCAGAAGGACUGGCGCCACGCGCCUCGCUUCCUGACCCCGCUCAAGCCACACACGGUGCUGCGCGGCCAGGACUGCACCAUGACCUGUGCCUUCCUUGGGAACCCGCGGCCCACUGUGACCCUCUACAAGGGCGAGGUCAACAUCACAGCUAACUCCAAGUUCUGGUACAACUCCACCAGUGGUGUAUGCACAAUUGUCAUCCCCACCUGCACACUCAAAGACAGCGGCGAGUACAGCGUGCUGGUGGAGAAUGAGCUGGGCAAGGACCGCAGCAGCUGCACGCUCACAGUCUAUGGUGAGGGUGCCAUGGGAUGGGGGCAGGAGGCAGGGUGCAUCCCAUGUGGGGCAGAGGCACAAAAUGGCGGUCUUGUGGGCUGUUGACUCUCUUUGCAUGGCUGGCAACUUUUUAAAUAUAAUCUGCCAUCAGGUGGUGUAAACAUUGGUCAUAGGUGGGAUCACUCUCCAUCCUCAAUGUCAUUUGUUAUGUGCCUGGCCCCUGCAGAUGUGGAGGUUUGCAAACCCUUGGCAGACUGUGGUUUGCAACCCUUGGUGGGCCUAGACUUGCCUUGAAAAAGAUACUGGUGAUCAGGCCUAAACCACACUCACCAAUCACAAUCUCUGUGGCGGGGUCCUGGAAGGAAUGUUUAUGUUUACAAAUUUCGCAAGUGAUUCAGGAUUGAAAACUACUGGUCUAGGGCAGAUGGGAGGCACAAAUGCUGGGAGGACUGAAGGGAACCUAGUGGAGGCCCUCCCUCUGCACAUUUGUGUCACGUUUCUGCUCAUGUGUACACAUGGAGGGGAAACAUUUUAUUCCUUCCUACACUGUGUACUGUCUUCAUACCUACACAGCCAGUAGCAUAAACUCUCAGUGCAGAGCUGACCUAGCUUGCUCCCUCUUGCUUAAACUCACUCCUAGCUCUCCCAUGAUCCUCCUGAUAAAAUCCCAACUAACAAGGCCCCUCCCCCACCCCAUCUCCCUCUGCCACUCCCUGAAUUCUCUGUGGCAUUCCAUCAGUGUCCAUCGUCACCGGGGUUAUAGACAUUUUUAAUCGCGUUGUAGGUACCUUUCCUUGGGGAAAAGACCAUGUCCUGUUGCUCAGUCUCUCAGGCACUCAGCUAAGUGUCUGGCACUGAGGUGACGCCUUCAGCGUGGCUGCUAAAUUGUGUGACAAAACUAGGCCAGGGAAGGCAGUGUGGGAGACAACCAGCUUUCUGUUGGUAGCAGGAGCCAGCCCUGACAACUUAAUUCUGCUUGUAAGCACAUGGGCCCAGGGUCCUGGCUCCACCGUUGACCAGCUGUGUGACCUUGGCAAGCCACUCUAAGCCUGUUUUCUCCUCUACUUCUUAGGGCUGUUGUGAGGCUUAAAUGAGAUAGUGCAUGAAAGUGCCUGGCACAAUGCCUGGCAAAUAUUAAAUGCUCAAUAACUGGCAGCUCUUGGCCCCACACCCUCACCUGAUCUUGGGAGACUGGGACUGGGGCCCACUCCCAGCCCCAGGGGGAGGAUCGGGGGUCCCAGGCAGAGUCUAGUCCCUGGUUCCUGCAUAGUAACUACAAGUCCAGCGGUAUGGAGUUACCCUUGCUCCUAGCAUCAUUAACACUAAUACUUGUUU